AGCAAAGGUAGGUGGACAUAUAUCUCCCCACCUUCUCCUGAGUCUUCCAAUAAAUUUUUAUGAACUUGAGCUCCUGGGGUACAGCAGAAUCUCAUGCUACUUUUUUCUUUAAUUUGAAGAAUACAGUUUUUGGGCAUGGAAAUUCUAUCUUAUGUUUCGGCACCAUGUUGCUACGUAGUGAACUCAAAGUUGAAAUUGAGUGAAAGGUGCAUCAAUUCCCGGCAAUUAGGGUUUCCCACUGCUGGAAAUCAUGCAAUCCAUGAUAAUAACACCGUUUAUAGAUUCUAUAACAUUGAAAGAGGUCAUAGGUUUUUGAAUACUCUUAAAGGCUCUAAACGAAAUAAUUCCAAGGUUUAUAGUGGAGGCUAUGAUGGUUUUGUGAUUGAUGGUGAAGGAGAUGUAAGAGAUAUCUCAGGAAUAGAACAACCUGCUACUAAGGUUCGCAUUCCUGGUCUGCCAAAUGAGCCAAAAGGGGAAUCUGGUGCUGUGAUAAGAAGUUGCUUUUGGGAGUGGAAGCCAAAGUUUAACGUGCACUAUGAAAAGGCCGGGUGUGAAAAUUUGGAAUCCCCACAGAUCCUCUUUCUUCCUGGUUUUGGUGUUGGUGCUUUCCAUUACGAGAAACAAAUGAAGGAUUUGGGUCGUGAUUUUAGAGUAUGGGCACUGGAUUUUCUUGGUCAAGGGAUGUCACUGCCUUUUGAAGAUCCCACACUACAGUCUAAAGCAGGGGCUGCAUCUAAUUGUAACAGUUCUUCGUGGGGUUUUGGGGAUGAAACUGAACCAUGGGCAGAAAAGCUUGUGUACUCCAUGGAUUUAUGGCAGGAUCAAGUUCGCUACUUCAUAGAAAAGGUAAUUGGCGAACCAGUCUAUAUUGUGGGCAACUCAUUGGGAGGAUUUGUUGCGUUGUAUUUUGCAGCAUGUAAUCCUCAUUUAGUAAAGGGUGUCACAUUACUCAAUGCAACACCGUUUUGGGGGUUUUUGCCCAAUCCUGUGAGAAAUCCAGGAAUUGCAAAAUUAUUUCCAUGGGCAGGAACAUUUCCUUUACCCCGACGUGUGAAGAGGCUGACAGAGUUGUUGUGGGAGAAAAUUAGUGAUCCAAAAAGUAUCGCUGAGAUACUUAAGCAGGUUUAUGCAGAUCAUUCAACAAAGGUAGAUGAUGUGUUUUUGCGAAUAAUUGAAACGACAAGGCAUCCAGCUGCUGCUGCAUCAUUUGCUUCAAUUAUGUGCGCUCCUCAGGCGGAAUUAUCCUUCAAUGAGGCAUUAUCUAGAUGCCAAGCCAACAAUGUCUCGAUCUGCCUCAUGUAUGGUAAAGAAGAUCCCUGGGUGAGGCCAAUUUGGGGCCUUCAGGUUAAAAAGAAGGUUCCUGAAGCUCCAUAUUAUCAAAUCAGCCCAGCCGGCCAUUGUCCUCAUGAUGAAGUUCCAGAGGUCAUAGAUUUUUUACUACGUGGGUGGAUAAAAAACCUGGAGUCUCAAGGUUCUUUCUCACUACCUCUGCUUGAUGACUCAGACAACACAAAAUCCACCAUUGCUAAGGAGUUAGAAUUUAUCAGAGAAGGUUCAAAAAAAUCAGUCAUGGUUAGAUAUGUAGGUAAUAAUAGCAAUUUCACACUCUGGGACAGGAUCCGGUCUUACAUCAAUUCUCGGGCCAAGCUCAGGAACCUGUCACUCAAAUCUCAGUGAUACACAGUUUGAACUCUUCUGUGUAUAAAAAGUGUAUACUGAUAGAUCAUACAUCAUAGGAACCCUUUAAAACAUCAGUUAAUUUGUAAUCAGUUGUCCAUAUCGUGUAUCAACCUUUACUGAAAGAAGAAAAGUUCUUUUUUGCAAAA